AAAAAAAACAACAUGGCCGUCUUUGGGUGAAAUUCUCGAUUGAUUUAUAUUUCCCUUUUCUGUUUCGACUUAUUUCGUGGGCUGUUUCGCCCUACAUCGUCCUAAAAUAGUAUUGUGCAAUGAUGCAGAUCAAUCAAAGUUAAACAUGAAAAGAUGAGUUCAGACAAACAUGAGAAGAAACAUCGUAGAAAGAAAGUCACUCCUCUUGAUGACGAUGCGGAUAAGAAAUUCAACCCAAACUACAGCUAUUAUGAGAAUCCAGCCUAUGGUGAGAAAGAUCUCCUUGAUCUGGAAAAACAAAAUAAUGCAUCUGACAUCCUCAACAAGUUUCAAAAGGCGGCGGAGAAAGCUCAGUACCAUGGCAAUGCUAUCAACCUGAUCGCGAACGUGAAGCAAGGGGCUGCAAGAUGGCGGAAUUACACCACAAGCAAGCGCACAAAGCAAAAGCGAGCUGAUACAGCCACCUCUGACAUGACAGCAGAAAAAGACAGUGAGUCUCGCCCCACAACCUCAGCAGAGGAGGAUACCGGCGUAGACAGACGGUGUACCGGUGGGAAGGGCCUCGCCGAUAUUGAGGAGGACUUCAUCUCCGACAGUAAGAGCACAAGUCGUCAGAUGGUUGUCGCUAGCAACCGCACGCUACUGCAGUAUUUUGCCCGCCUUGGCGGCACUAGUAACUACGAUGAAUGCAUAGAUUUGGACUUUGUUGAAUCCCUCUUCAAAAAUGGUGCUCGGAUUGACUGUACGGAUAAAUAUGGUCAAACUAUCUUCCAUGAGGUGGCUCGAGCGUGGCACGUUGAUGUGGCCAAGUUCUUGAUAGAAAAUGGUGGCGAUCCGAAUGUCGCUGACUCGUAUGGGCGGACACCUCUCCACGUCGCCGCAGCUGUGGACUAUGCUGAUAUGGUCAAGUUUCUCAUAAACAAUGGUGCAAAUAAAGAGAUUCGCACGAAGGGCGAGGAUCAAACUCCCGUCCAUUUCGCAGCAAAGAACGAUGCCUGUCAGUCACUCAAGGCCCUCGUAAAGCUGGGGUGCGAAUAUAAAAUGGUCCGGGAUUACAAGAAGAGGACACCAAUACAGGUAGCUGCGGAGCUUGAUCGAAGCGAGACGGCAGGUCUUCUUCUGGAACUUGGUUCACCCGUCGGCGUCCAGGAUGACAGCGGUCAACCGUGCAUUGUCUGGAUGAUAUCCAAGAUGGCGCCCGUUGCUAAGGAAGCGCUCAACCAGUUUCACAUAACAGACCGAGCCAAUAGAAAACAGUAUUAUUACUUGAACCAUUUGGAACCGAAACCACCAAAGGACCUCGACAAGAAAACCCAUGCACAAACCGCACUUGAAGUUAUCACCUGUUACAAGCAGUUUGAUUUAGUCACGCACCCUGCCGUCAAGAGACUUAUCCAUGUCAAAUGGAAGCGAUUUGGACAACUCGGUGCCUGGUCAAACUUAAUCUUCAACUUCGUCUUCAUCUGUCUGUGGACGGCUCUCGGCGUUUAUCCCGACUGGAAGGAGAGGUACAAGUAUACGUUCCCAGAGGACUCCUGGAGGAUCAUAAUGUGGAUUGCUGCUAUUACCUUGACGAUGUAUCAGAUUGUGUCAGAGAUCUUGGAGUACAACAAUUCAAGGAAAAAACAUUUGGCUUGGAAGGGUUGGCGGGAAAAAGAGUUGGAUCGCGACAAGAACUUCUGCCACCCGCGCUGGCCAGAAGAGGAGGAGUACAUCUUGCAAGAGAAAGAUGAACUGGAUAAGGCAGCACCGCAGUAUGCGAGUGAUUGGUGGAAUAUCUUCGACUGGGUCUGCUACGUGCUCCUCCUCUCCUGCAUCGUGACCCAUAUAGCAGACGUUGCCCUGCCGGUCCACUCCGUCCUGCUGGCUCAUGCUCACAUCCGCAUCAUGUCCGUCAAUAUCAUCCUUCUGUGGCUACGACUCAUGAAGAACGCGCGAGCAUUUUCUCUACUAGGGCCAUUCAUUGCAAUGCUUGGUCAUAUCUUAAAUGAUGUAGUCAAGUUCAUUUUCCUAUUUCUGGAGUUCUAUAUACCAUAUUUCUGUGCUUUCUGGAUGACUCUUGGAGGAAAGAACACCCUUGACCAUUAUCUCUACAAUCCCCCAGAAGCCAACUCGACUGACAUCAUCCAGAUUGAGAUCCCGGGUUACGGUUCCCCAACCGCCCUCAUGUUUAGCUUAUGGAGACUAACCUUGGUUGAUGAUUACCCAUAUGAUGAAAUGAAAUCAGUCGAUCCCAUCAUGACGGACAUUCUUGUCGGAACGUGGUUUGCCCUGUCGGCUAUCCUGUGCCUCAACCUCUUCAUUGCUUUGAUGUCGGAUACUUUCCAGCGAGUUUACGACAAUGCGCACGCCAAUGCCGUCAUGCAAAAAGCUAUGACGAUCAUGAAUAUACAAGAUAAUAAUAUGUCCAGAAAGCGCCGAUUUGCGUUCAUGCAGUACAUUCAUGAAAACUGCGCACCGCAGAAGGAAACUUAUGACGACGACUUGACGUCGGACAAGAGCGACGAUCUAAAAAAAGUUGCAUUCCAAGUGAAGGAUGAAUUAGAAGAGAUCAAGGAUUGGUUCCAUGCCAAAUUUGGACCCGUUGAUGUUAUGGGUGAUGAUAGCGGGAAGAAGGUGCUCAACCAGAACCUGACUGUUGAUAUACUGGAGAAUGAAGUCGAUAUCCUCAGAGGCGAACUGCGAGAUAUCACCGCAACGCAACAGGAUUUCCAAGAGCAGUAUGUUCGAGACAUGUCAGGUCUAAAGGGCCUGCUGGAGCAAAUUCUAAUCAACCAAGGAGGUGGAGGGCGAGGGAUGAGGGAAGCUGAAGCUGUGUAUGAAGACCCCUAUCAAGCAGGAAGAGAUGAUGAUGCAAGACGGUCUAGGAAGAGAGGGAAGAAGAGGAGCAGUAAAGCACGACGAUCCGAGAUUACUGACGAUUUUGGUGAACCUGGGACCACAGGUCAAGGACUCGACCUUGACCCUAUGAUAGAGGUACGACCAAUGGGUCACGUUGCUGCUGAACCACCACCACCUGAAAUGGGCAUUGGGCUCCAAGAAUCCACUGAUGCCUAAUAGUAACUGUCGAUAAUGUUUUCUUUCUGGCACAAGGUUCAAGUGAUAUAUGCAAAAUCAAACAUUUGUUGAUAAUGAGUUGGAUUAAUGAGUCGCAGAAAAUGUAAUUGAGGAAGUGUACAUUUAUCCUGGUAAUGUAACCUUGUCAAGGAUAUUGCCUGCUGAAUAAAAGAAUAUUCUGUGAUGAAUUUUGGGAAUGUAAACUGUUAAAUCUUUGCAAGCAUUUUCUUGUAUGGAAGAUGUGAGAAUCUUUACCGUGUGCACAUGGCUGAUUAUACCCUUUACUGUUUUAAUAUGCAGCUUACAUGCAUGUGUGUCCUAUCGUGAUCAUCGCUAUACAGAUUUACCAUGCUUUGUCGUAUCCAUCCAGUUUCUCUGUUGCAGUCUUAUUACACUUUUAUUAACUAUCGUAGAUGGUCAUCUCGAGUGAUUGAUCAUUGCUGCCAAGAUACCAUACGACGGUUUUCUUUCAUAACGUCUAAGGAACUUUCAUCUCUGAUGUCAAGUUCCUGCUGAAUUUGCAAGUGUCUCUUAUUAUUGUGUUCUGUAGUUGUUCCUGCUGUCCAUAGCAAAGUAGUUAAAGAAUUAGCUUCUGUCCUUAUAAUGUACUCUCUAAACCUAAGAGGGUGUCUACAUGGGGACGAGAUUGGGGGAUAUAGUUCAUUGUUGCCAUAUUGAAUCAGUGGCAGAUGAAUUCAUCCUCUUGCAAACAGGGCCUACAACACGUCUUCUCCUUACGCAUGUUUCCAUUGGGGGAGUAAGUUAUGAUGUAUCGAGUAAAAUGGCCUUUAUUGUCAGGAUGGUAUGAAUUGGGCAAAAUGAUUAUCAUCAAAAUAAUCGUUUAGUCUUCUCCAUAAUAUAUCGUAUCAAUACAAUUCAUUGAUUUGAUAAAAAAUGUUUAUAGCUGAUUUUAACGAUUGGAUCAUCUCUUUUGAAUUAAUUAUUUGAAGAUCAAAGUCAAAAGAACUAGUAUCUGGCACCAAUGACAUCAUCGAUGGCACUAAAGUUUGGGUCAACUGCAGAUGAUUUUUGUAGUCCAGUGGUCAGUGACCAAAUAUUCUGUCAUUUACACAAAUUGUUUUGACAUUGUUUGGAUAUAUGAGUGUUUUCCGUCCAUUAUCAUUUCAUUUGUUGAGUUUUAGCAAUGGUGUUUUAUGUCCCAGGAAACCAUUAUCACGAAUGACUUCUUUGGGUUUUUAAGUUGAAAUAUAGAAAAUAACUAUGGUCGAUAUUUUAUUUACCUUGACUCUUACAAGGCUUGUCCUAAUCACUUUUGCAUAUCCCGGUAUAUAAUUUGUGACUUAUAAUGUGAUAUCAUAAGUAUUAGCUUGCAAAUUCGAGAACAAUAAUCAGGGUUUCUAUAUCACUCCUACUAGGCAUUAAUGAACAAUAUCAUCCUUGUUGUUCAACUGUCCUGUAGUGCUACUUGCUGAAGACCAGUUGAUCAUGGUAGCUCAUGCAGAUGGUCAUCAGUGCUGAAGUCAUUAUGGUGAUGCCAUGUCAAAAAAAUGAUUGUACAGUAUUGCUGGAAGUAUGCCAGCUUUAAGGCGAUGUUUUGUGAGUACGUAUGACUUGAGUUUCCAGUAAUUGUGAGUUGUGUCGACUGUGUUUGUAACAUUAUUUAUUGCACCAAUCCUGUCAAUAAUUGCAAUGAAAUCUGUAUAAUACCCCGUAUUUCUUUAUGUCUAAACUAUCCCUGUUAUUCCUAUUCUUUGUUAGGAAAAUUAGGCUAUAAGUUAAUGCCUAAAAACCAGUAGGAACUCCGAAUAAUGCACUUUCCGUGAAUCUGCUAACAGUAUUAUCAAAAUCAAAUUAAUUCUGAGCAUCAAAUUCCCAGUAUUCACCAAUGGCUAAUUAGUUUUGUAUAAUUGCACUAUUCAUUUCAGUAUUCAAUAUUCCCAUCUGGGUUUUGAUGUACGUAUAUCAUGGGGUUGAGGGUAUGUUUACGGGGAGCUGAUUUUCUACUGGCCAAAAAUUGUUGAGUUUCAUCUUGAAGCCCGAUUGAUUUUGAGAAAUUAAGGACACCGAUCAAGAAUCAGUUCCCCAAUCUAGUGAAUUCAGGCGGGCCUUCCAAAUUACCAAACAGCCCGCCCUGGAUAAUGCCUGUGGUAGAGACCAGAGCAAAUGUACGCAUCACAAGAAAAUGUGUAUUCUUUGGUAAAUUUACUUUUUCUGGUAACAUGGACUUGGGACUUGUGUACAUCUGGUAACAUGGACUUAGGUUCUGUGGACUAUAAUAUCUUAAAUUUCGUUCUGCUUUUAGGGAUCUAUUGGGGAGAAACCAUUGAAUUACUUAAGGAAUUGAUAUCAAACUGUCUUUAGUUUUGGAAUCAAGACCACUUAAGCUGACCAAAAAUGCGGACAGAAACCUGAUUUUAGACGUAAUUCUUGAGGUCUUGAUAGACGACCGAUGACCUAGAGUGAGGUAUUUAUUUCUGUUCUAAAGUGGUAUGGCACCAAGGAUUACUGCAAUCAGAAUGAGGCUCAGCAUAUUUUCCAUUGCAAUCAUCGAUAUCCCUUAAUCCAUGCCUCUUAGAACUGUGGUGUAUAUUCAUAAUGAAACCCAGGAACUAAGCUGUAUGAAACGGUCACAUUACCAUGUCUUUUAAAGGGAAAACAGGUAUUCACGAUGGAUAUUUACACAAUAUUUAAUCAUUUUAUUGAAUUAUUCAAAUAAGUGACCAUUUAGAAAUUUUAUUUCGAGAAUGUGAUAAUUUUUGUAUGACAUAUUAAUUGUGAUGUAAAAAUAUUUUUGUACGCUGUUUCAUGAUAGUACAAGUAGUUUACAUGAGUGCACUAUGUAUAUAAAAUGACUUUGAGAAUAAAUUAUU